CGCCCCGCCGGGUCCCGGCCGGCUGCCCCUGCGAUCGGGGCGCCGGGCAGCGGCUCCGGGUGGGUGCGGGCCCUGGAGGCAGAAGGAAGGGAAGUUAGGGGCGGAGGGUGGAGCAAAGUUUCCGUUCCCUCAGCCCCUCCCGCCCAGGUUUGGCAGGUAGGACCGGGCGGAAGCGGUGGAGACUGCUCCUAAUGCCCGGGCCUAGGUGAUGGGGGGUGGGGAAGAGCUGGACUUGCCCGGCGUCCUGAAUCGCGAUCUUCUUAAGAGGUGGGGCGAGGAGGGAAAGGCUGUAAAGACUGCCCCUAAGAUGACUCCGGGUGCUCGCUCCCUUCCCCGCCCCCCACCCCUUCCCCGAUCUUUUCCCGCAGAACCGAACGUCUCUUCCGGGAGAGGUUCCCCGCGUACACAGCUUCUUCGCCUCCUCUUUCAACAGGUGGCUUUCGCCCUGGCCCGGGGCCCCGGGCCAAUGCCCGCCGUGGCGGUCGCGCCUGCUCCGCUGCCGGCGCUGUGAGCGCGCGCGUCCGUCCGCGGCGCGAUGGGGAACCAGGUGGAGAAACUGACCCACCUAAGUUACAAGGAAGUGCCCACCGCCGACCCGACGGGCGUGGACCGGGACGACGGGCCCCGCAUCGGGGUCUCCUACAUCUUCUCCAACGACGACGAGGACGCGGAGCCGCAGCCGCCGCCACCCCAGGGUCUCGAGGGCGGCGGCGGCGGGUUGCCCGAUUCUGGGGACGGAUCGGCGCCAUCGCCGCCCCCGCCACAGCCCUACGACCCGCGGCAACACGAGGUCGAGUGCUCGGUCUUUUAUCGGGACGAGUGCAUCUACCAGAAGAGCUUUGCGCCCGGCUCGGCGGCACUGAGCACCUAUACGCCCGAAAACCUGCUCAACAAGUGCCAUCCGGGCGAUCUGGUGGAGUUCGUGUCUCAGGCGCAGUACCCGCACUGGGCCGUGUACGUGGGCAAUUUCCAGGUGGUGCACCUACACCGGCUGGAGGUGAGCAACAGCUUCCUGACCGACGCGAGCCAGGGCCGUCGCGGCCGCGUGGUGAACGACCUGUACAGGUACAAACCGCUCAGCCCCAGCGCGGUGGUGCGCAACGCGCUGGCGCAUGUGGGCGCCAAGGAGCGCGAGCUCAGCUGGCGCAACUCGGAGAGCUUUGCCGCCUGGUGCCGCUAUGGCAAGCGCGAGUUCAAGAUCGGCGGCGAGUUGCGCAUCGGCAAGCAGCCCUACCGCUUGCAGAUCCAGCUCUCGGCGCAGCGCAGCCACACGCUCGAGUUCCAGAGCCUGGAGGAUUUGAUCAUGGAGAAGAGGCGCAACGACCAGAUCGGACGCGCGGCCGUACUGCAGGAGCUCGCCAUGCACCUGCACCCGGCCGAGCCGUUGGAGGGCGACAGCGACGCCGCCCGGACUACGCCGCCGCCUCCCCGGCGCCCCCCUGCGCUGGGCUCAGAGGAAGAGGACCAAGAGACCGUAGCGCACUGACCCGACUGGCCAAGCGGAAGGGAGCCCUGCUGGCCCCGCUCCACCCCACC